ACCCGCCCGCUCCUCGCUCCUCGCUCCGAAGCUUCUCCUCUCGCCUCUCGUGCCAGAAGACCCAGCGAGACGAGGCGCGCGCAGCUCUCGCGCGCGCGUGCUGGGGGCGGAGAGAGAUCAAGGGCCGGAGCUUGGGUUUGGGGGGCGGCGUGCUCGCGGAGAUGUCGACGCCGGCUCGGAAGCGGCUGAUGCGGGAUUUCAAGCGGCUGCAGCAGGACCCGCCCGCCGGCAUUAGCGGCGCGCCGCACGACAACAACAUCAUGCUCUGGAACGCCGUCAUCUUCGGGCCGGAUGACACGGCGUGGGAUGGAGGCACGUUCAAGCUGACCCUGCAAAUUACAGAAGAUUACCCCAACAAACCACCGACUGUUCGGUUUGUCUCGAGGAUGUUUCACCCAAAUAUCUAUGCGGAUGGAAGCAUCUGCUUGGACAUCCUUCAAAACCAGUGGAGCCCUAUAUAUGAUGUUGCGGCAAUAUUGACCUCUAUUCAGUCCCUUCUGUGUGACCCAAACCCAAGUUCCCCUGCAAACUCUGAAGCAGCCAGAAUGUUCAACGAGAACAAGCGCGAGUACAACCGCAAAGUUCGUGAGACUGUGGAGCAGAGCUGGACAGCUGACUAAGUUGCAUCCGCUUCGCCAGACGGUGCAAUAAGCAACACCGAAACAUCUGCUUUCUGGCUUUGCCGGUCUGUAUUACCCACUUAACUAUUAAAAUCUUCAGUGGUUGUUGUGUUCUUGUGGUUGAGCACCUGGUUGUCCUGCUGGUUUUCCUAAUGUAGCAUUGAACUAUUUCAUAUACUCGGGUAUUGAUGCAUAUGUUGAAGUUAUAGCUAUGCCAA